CCGGCCGAGCACGGAAAUGAACAGAAAGACAAGAAAGGUAUUUCCGAUCUCAGCGAUGAAAGCUGGCACUUGAAGAAAGAAAAUCAGAAGAUAGCUAAGACACUUCCAUCUUACAGACUUUAAGAUGACGCGGAAAGUGAUUUUGGUGAUCUUGAUAGUGGCUGUCAUCACUGGAUUCACGAAAGCUGGAACAAAAUGUCAGGAUGAGCGCGAAGCAGUACGCAGUAAAGGAGUCUUUAUGCCCGGGUGUGAUGCAGAUGGCUUAUACAGCAAGAAGCAAUGUUACAGCAGGAAUCGCAAAUGUUGGUGUGUCGAUCCUAAGACGGGAGAGGCACUCACCAAACCAAACAGAAUGAAAAUAAACUGCCAAUGAUGGCAGGGCCAUCACUUUUCACGUGAUUGGCACUAUAAGUAUUUCAUAAGUGUAAAUUUCAAAUAUUAUCUUGUGAAACUUUAGAAUAUAUACCUAUAAUAUCUUGAAUGAAUAAAAACGACGAUAACUUACUGACGGCUGCAAUUGAAAUGUAUUUUAUUAGUUUUUCAGUGUUUCGGGGAAUAGUCUCU